AUGUCCUUGGUGGUCAGUGUAAAGACUCCAGAAGAGAUCUAUGAGCAACAAGAAAUUGCAGUACUUUUCUGUGAAACGGUUUCCAGGGCUUUGCAGAAAGGCUACUUAACCCAGGAAAUGAUUGACGACUGUGAGCCAGAACUGAUGAUUUCUAUCCCACGCCUAGCAAUUAUCAGUGGGCUGCUGAUUUUUCCAGACGGACCCUUAAACCUACAGAAGAGACCUGAGGAGAUGUGUGAACUUUUCAGUCCCUUUUAUGGAUUGCUGAAGAAAAUCAGGGAACUUCUCUGCAUACUAACAGAA